AGAACGUACAAUGCUGUCCAUCAUAUUCAAGACGCGAACUAACUACUACUAUUUUAUCAAUCAAAAAUCAAAAUUCUACGAACGAACUUAAAUGCUGGACCAACCACAACUGUUUUUUCCUGUCCUAUUUAUUGAACAGCAAUUUUCGAAUUCCACAAUCUACUGCAGGUUCUUUAAUCUUGGAGAUUUGGAGUGGUUGAAUAGAUAUGGGCAUGUCAAUGCAACUGAUGUUUUUUAAAUUUAUGGUUGCGAUAUCGUUGCUGCUGCAGAUAGUGAUAUUGCCACAGCAAGCUGGAGCAGUUGAUGAAUUGGUUCGGCAGGUGAGGGAGCAAACGGCAAAGAGUAACACUACUUGUAUUUUGGUGUUCGGCGAUUCAAGUGUUGAUCCGGGGAACAAUAAUUACAUCCCGACGACUAAUAAAGGUAAUUUUCCACCGUAUGGGAAAAAUUUCGACAAUGGCACCUCCACCGGGAGGUUCAGCAAUGGAAAACUCGCCACUGAUUUCAUAGCGGAAGCAUUCGGCUAUCGAAAUAUAGUUCGAGGAUUUCUCGAACCACAUAUGGAGAAGGAAGAUAUGUUGCAUGGUGUGAGUUUCGCAUCAGCUGGUUCUGGUUACGAUGACCUCACAGCCAAUCUUACAAACGUUCUAACGAUCACCAAACAAGUGGAGUACCUGAUGCAUUACAAGAUUCACCUGAGUCGACUGAUAGGGAAAGCCAGGGCUGCAGAAACUCUACAAAAGGCCGUCUACAUCUUGAGUUUCGGCACCAACGAUUUCAUACAAAACUACUUCGAAGAAUUUGAUCGAGCCAAACAGUUCACUGUGGUGCAAUACCAGAACUACUUGAUUUCUCGCAUGGCUCUUGCCAUCACGAAAAUGCAACGAAUUGGAGCUAGGAAAGUGGCGGUAGUUGGUGUGCCUCCACUAGGGUGCUUUCCGUUGAUUGAGAUGAUAAGAGACGACGAUAACAAAUGCGACGGGCCUCUCGACAGCGUUGCUAUAUCUUUUAAUUCCAUGAUUAAACAAAAAUUAGCAGUCCUGAGCAAAUCUUUACACAUUCGAACUGCGUACAUAGAUAUCUAUGGUUCUAUUAUGAGCGCAGUUCAGAACCCAAAGCAAUAUGGAUUUGUGGAAACGGCAAAAGGAUGUUGUGGAACCGGAACAGUGGAGUUCGGGGAUACAUGCAAAGGCCUGUCUACUUGUGCUGACCCUACAAAAUACGUCUACUGGGACGCUGUUCAUCCUACAGAAACUAUGUACAGAAUUGUAGCUGAUGAUGCUCUCAGAGCUAUUGUUCUUGGCGAUUUCCUCGCUAAUUAGUACUCGAACCCUUUGUGGAUGAGUAAUCAGAUCAACUUGUAAUCUACCAUCUUCAUAGCCAAUAUUUUGGCACUAUUGUUGAUUGCUACAACUUUGUAAAACCUCCUGUACAUGAGGACAUUAUAAUGACAAUUGUUUGUGAUUACUUCUAA